AUGGCGACACAAGCAGGCUCUAACAGGGCAACCUCAAGUUUGAAGGAGAAGCCGAUGGCGGUACGGACAGCAAAUAUCAUUGCUGCCAGAGCUGUUGCCGAUGCCAUCAGGACUUCACUGGGACCUAGAGGAAUGGACAAGAUGAUUCAGAAUGGAAAGGGUCACACACUGAUUACAAACGAUGGCCACACAAUCUUGAAAGAUAUGGCCGUAAUGCACCCAGCCGCGAAGAUGUUGGUAGAUCUGUCAGCUGCGCAGGAUGUUGAGGCUGGUGAUGGUACUACUUCGGUAGUAGUUAUCGCCGGAAGUCUUUUGGGUGCUGCACAGAAGCUGCUUGGGAAAGGUAUCCAUCCUACAAUCAUCGCCGAAUCCUUCCAGAGGGCGGCGGCGAAGGCGGUUGAGAUCUUGACAGAGAUGUCCACUCCCGUGGCUCUGACCGACCGCCAAUCCCUCCUCCAGGCCGCCAGUACAUCAUUGUCCAGUAAGAUCGUCUCUCAAUACUCCUCGCUUCUCGGCCCAAUGGCUGUUGAUGCCGUGCUAAAGGUCAUCAAUCCUGCCAUCGCUGAGAACGUUGAUCUCAACAACAUCCGCAUUGUAAAGAAAGUCGGAGGAACCAUUGACGAUACAGAGCUCGUGGACGGCCUGGUUUUGACCCAAAAUGUUAUUAAGGCCUCGGGGGGACCAUCAAGGAUGGAGAAGGCCAGGAUCGGUUUGAUUCAGUUCCAGUUGUCACCGCCGAAGCCUGAUAUGGAGAACCAAAUUGUCGUCAAUGACUACCGCCAAAUGGAUAAGAUUUUGAAGGAGGAGCGAACAUACUUGCUCAACAUGUGCAAGAAAAUCAAGAAGGCCAAGUGCAAUGUCUUGUUUAUUCAAAAGUCAAUUCUUAGAGAUGCCGUCAACGACCUUUCGUUGCAUUUCCUCGCUAAGCUUAAUAUCCUUGCUAUUAAGGAUAUUGAACGUGAUGAAGUGGAAUUUAUUUGCAAGAGCACCGGAUGCAAGCCCAUUGCCGAUAUCGAUUCAUUCACAGAAGAUAAGCUUGGUUCAGCAGAUCUUGUUGAGGAGGUUCAAUCUGCUGGAGCACGUAUCGUCAAGGUCACUGGUGUAAAGGCAGCUGGCCAAACCGUCUCUGUUCUUUGCAGAGGUGCCAACUCUAUGAUUUUGGAUGAGGCCGAGCGUUCCCUGCAUGAUGCUCUUUGCGUUAUCAGGUGUCUUGUCAAGAAGAAGGCUCUCAUUGCUGGUGGUGGUGCACCCGAAAUCGAGGUCUCUCGCGCGUUGAUGAAAGCUGCCCAGACUAUCGAAGGCACUGAAUCUGUGUGUUGGUCUGCUUUUGCGGAAGCUCUCGAAGUGAUCCCGACAACCCUCGCUGAGAAUGCCGGUCUUAAUAGUAUUCGUGUUGUGACUGAAUUGAGGAAUAGACAUGAGAAGGGUGAGAAGAGUGCAGGUGUCAGUGUCAGGAGAGGUGCAGUCACAAACAUCAUUGACGAGAACGUUCUGCAGCCUUUGUUAGUUUCUACUAGUGCCAUUGAAUUGGCUGCGGAAACUUGUAAGAUGAUUUUGAGGAUAGAUGAUAUCGCGCUCUCUCGUUAG